UCCUGCGGAGCACCCCUCUCUGCCCCGUCCGCCAGCGAUCACCCGCUUCCGACCCUGUUCCGGCCGCAUCCCUGGGUCCGGCCCCGUCGCCAUGAGCUGCUUGGAGAAGGAGGGCAGCUGGAGCCUGUCCUUCGCGGGCGCAGGUUUCCUGGGCCUCUACCACGUGGGGGUGGUCCACUGCCUGAGGCAGCGCGCCCCGCGCCUCCUCCGCGGCGCCAGCCGCUUCUAUGGCUCCUCCUCUGGGGCGCUCGUAGCCGUCAGCGUCGUCAGCGGCUUGUCUGUCGACUUGUGCUGCUCCCGCCUUAUGGCCGUGGUCAAGCAAGUGGAGCAGCUGAGCCUAGGCGUCUUCCACCCUGCCUUCACGCCCAUCGAGACCAUCAGGCAGGACCUGCAAGACUGGAUGCCCGCCGACGUUCACAUCCUGGCCUCCCAGCGGCUGGGCAUCUCGCUGACCCACUGGCCCGACGGCGAGAACGUCAUUGUCACCGACUUCGCCACCCGCGAUGAGGUCAUCGAGGCCUUGGUCUGCUCCGUGUACUUCCCUUUCUACUGUGGGACGAUUCCUCCCACGUUCAGAGGGAAGCGCUACAUUGACGGCGCUCUAAGCAACAACCUGCCCUUCGCGGACUCGCCCUCCGCCAUCACCGUGUCGCCCUUCCACGGGACGGUGGACAUCUGUCCCCAGAGCUGCUCGGCUAGCAUACACGAGCUGAAUGCCUUCAACGCCAGCUUCCAGAUCUCCACCGAGAACUUCUUCCUGGGCAUCACCUCCCUCAUCCCCUGCAGCCCCGAGGUAACGGCCGACAGCUGCAGACAAGGCUACUUGGAUGCCCUGAGGUUCCUGGAGAGACGCGGACUCACCAAGGAGCCAGUACUGUGGAGCUUGGUGUCUAAGGAGCCCCCAGCCCCAGCUGAUGGGGCCCCAGGCGCUGCCCACGACGGAGGCCAGGAGGCGGGCCUGUCGCUCAACUGGGCGGUGCCCAACGUGCUGGUCAAGGACGUGCCCGACUUUGAGCAGCUCUCCCCGGAGCUGGAGGCUGCACUGAAGAAAGCCUGCAUGCGGGACCCCGGUGCCUGGGCCUCUUUCUGCCGCUCGGGGCCCGGGCAGGCGCUGACGUACCUGCUGCUGCCUUGCACGCUGCCCUUUGAGUACGUCUAUUUCCGGAGCAGAAGGUUGGUGGCGUGGCUGCCGGAUGUGCUGGCCGACUUGUGGUGGAUGCAAGGCUUGCUGAGGAGCUUGGCCCUCGAGGUCUAUUCCAGGACGAAGGACCAGCUCCUUGGGUUGGUCGGCCUGCUUGUCGCCAGCCCCCUCCAGCCUAAAGCCGAUCCUCCCAAGGACCUGGCCAAGGAGCCCAGACCCACCCAUCAGGCCUGAGGGGACCGUGCCAGCCCAACCCAGUGACUGGCCUCCCCUGCCUCCCAUCGUGGCCCUUGUUCUGUGUCCACACCUGCCCCCAGUCCUUGAGUCCUGACCCAUCUCCCGGAGCUCAGAGCCAGACCCCUAGCCCAGGGUGGGCACUGGAAUUGUCAGCCACGUGGAGGGUGGAGAGGACAGAGACUCUGUCACAGGCCACGUGGGCAGGUGGCCCCCAGGAGUGAGAAGAGGCCCUCCUGAGUCUCUCUGCACCCCUCCCCCCACCGCGCUCCUGGGGCUUCGGGUUCUUCUUUUCUUAGUGAGACGCAGCCUGUUAGUACACCUCCAGGUCACUGUGUGCCCGGGUCAUCCUGUCUCAUCACAGGGAGAAAGGAAGGCAGGGGCUGAGACACAUGUCUGGUUCUAGAAUUUCCAUUUGGAGGACUUGGGGCAGCACCUCGGGGAAUAAGGGUUUGGGUGUGUCAUAGAGCAGUGUGCAAGGUACUUCAGGGAAGGUGGAGAAAAAUGCUACAGGCUCAUAUCAGAUCCCUGGCUUCCCUGGAGGCUCAAACGGUAAAGAAUCUGCCUGCAAUGCAAGAGACCUAGGUUCGAUCCCUGGGUCAAGAAGAUCCCCUGGAGAAGGAAAUGGCAACCUACUCCAGGAUCUUUGCCAGGAGAAUUCCAUGGACAGAGGAGCCUGGCAGGCUACAUGGGGUAACACAGAGUCAGACACCCCGGAGUGACUGAUACUUUCACUUGCACUGAUCAGGGAACAAAUGGAAGUGUCAGGGUGAGGAGUGCUGCCUCUCUGAUCCUUUCUGACUUUCUCUGUCCUGCACUAGCCCUCGGGGGGUAAUCCCCAUGCUCUGCAUCACUCUAGAAACCUUGACCUCUGACUUCCUUUGGGUCUCUUCCCCAGGGAACCCCCCGAAGGAGAUGGGAGGGUGGGAGGAGAGAGAGGGAUUAAAAUCUCAGAAUCUCAGCUACGUGUGCUUCUGUUGGGGUUCCCAAAGGCCCCUGGCUGCCACCACCACAGGUCUCCCCAGUGUGUUCCUUAAAAAGAUUUUUGAUGAGCAGAGCCUCCAGCCUGGCCUCUCCCUCUCUCGGGCGCAGAAGUUGCUGGGACACCAGACCUCCUCCAGCCUCUCUCAGCAGUCGCUCCUCUUCCCAUCCUGAAAGCAGAGCCCACACUGAGCCCUGGCCAGGCCCUUAAGAGACACUCAGCCCCAGGAGGACUGGGAAGGGUGGAGACAUGGAGGCAGGUGUGAGAGAAAAAGAAACAAAGGAAUAAAUGUGUGAACAAAAGACAUAUUCAUUCAUUCAUCUGACUUAACGAGUUAUAGGCUCUGGGGACACAGCUGUGAACAAAAGUUAUAUUCUAGUGGGGGUACGAGAACAGAUGCUAAACAGGAAAUAGGAAAAGGUGAAAAUAAGAUCAUCUCCAGGGAUGGCAGUUCUGUGAGGAGACAUGAGGGUGAGACUGAUGGGGGGUGGGGUAGUUUAUCAGGGGUGGGGAGCAACCUGGGAUCAGGUGGUCUUGGAGGGCCUCUCUGAGGAGGUGGUACCGGACGUGAGGUCUGAGAUGAGAGGUGAGAGCCAGCGGAGAGUUUGCGAGCAGGGGGAACAGCACGUGCAAAGAGGGACCAGCACUUGCAAAGGCCUGGAGUUGAGAGUGAAGAGGGGGGUGAUGGGGUGCACUGUGGCCAGCAAGGCAAUUGUGGGGUAGGCAGAGGUUGGGGCGUGAAGGGCACUGUUUGGAUUGGGCAGUCAUUGGCGGUGGUGGCGGGGGGCGUGGCGGCCGGGCGGUCAAAGCAGAGAAGCAAAAGGUGACUGAACAGUGAGUAGAAUCCAGG